CCCCUGACACAACUUUGAUUACCAUUCCCUCGGAUCCUGGUCACCACAGAGAAGAGAUCAGUGCCUGCCCCUCCUCUGCUCCUCACAAGGCUUCCCCUCCAGACUCUUCAUCAUCCUGACCCUCUUUUGGGUUCUCUCUAAUAGAUAAUAACAAUGAAUUCUAUCUGAUUUCUUGUGUCUGCUGUGCCAGGAGGCAGUGUUGUCUGAAGAACUACUCAAAGGUCUCUCUUCUGCGUAUUAACUCCAUUUUUUACUUAUCUUCCGUUCACAGCAAGGUUGUUGCAGGCUGCUUUUAUAACUGAGGCUUUUAAAUCUUUGUUUUAAAUCUUGUGUGGCCCAGGAAACUCUUGAAGUAGAAAGAAGGAAGGAUAGACAAAGAUUUGGGGCAGAGGGUAUCGUAACAUGCCAGAGCAAAUACAAUAAGAACUUUGUGGUAGUGUUUUGAUUCGAUAAUUCUAGUUAGAUCUCCUGAAAGGUCCAUUGCAGGAGAGGUGAGAAUAUGCCCAGUACUUCAUGAGAUGUACUCAUAGAGAGCAGUCCCUCCCUCUAGACAAGCAGCUCAGGACUCAGACUGAGGCCUUUUUGUGUAACAACUGAAAAAGCAGAGCAGCUGAUUUUGGAGAUAAUGCCUAACUUUGAACCACUUCUUCUGCCUCUAGUUGAAGAGCAGCUGUCCCCACAGAAGGAAAAACGUGUAAAGGCAACAGGACAAACUGCCCGUGGCCGCUCUGGCUUCAGUGAUGGCAAUUCCAAGUGGCUGACUCCAGCCAAAGCCAAGAAAACCCAACCUAAAGGAAACCAUGUGGAAUUAUCCAGUGAUGGUGAGGUGGAAGAGAGCAGCUGGGAGAUGGAGGAGGAGGAGGAUGGGAGCAGUGAGGAGAUGGUGGAUGAUUAUGGUGCCUCCUCAUCAGAGGAAGAAGAGCUGCUGCCUAUUGAGAAAGCUGCCCUGAAGCAGAAGCCUGACAGGGAAGGCCUCAGUGAAGAUGACAGUGAGGAGGAAGAAGAGGAGGAAGAGGAAGCAGAGGAGGCAAGCAAGCAGAAAAUGGGACAGAAGGAAGAAGAGGGCCCAGAUCUGCAGCUCAACCUGGAUAUAGAUGAACAGUUUAAACUGCCAACUAGUGAAGAGAUUGAGAAGGAGACUGCUGAGCCACCUGACCUGCACGUCAUUCACCAGCGCAUCCAGGGCAAUGUGGAGGUGCUGCAGGACUUUGGGGUGAAGCGGGAGGAGGGGCGCUCCCGGCAGGAAUACCUCGCCCUGCUGCGCCGGGACAUGGCCGCCUACUACUCCUACAGCGACUUCCUGCUCUCCAAGCUCAUGGACAUCUUCCCGCUCCCUGAGCUGAUAAACUUCCUGGAGGCUAACGAGGUUCCCCGCCCUGUCACCAUUCGCACCAACACACUGAAGACGCGGCGGCGGGACCUGGCACAGGCUCUAAUCAACCGUGGUGUGAAUCUUGACCCCCUGGGGAAGUGGUCGAAAACGGGACUUGUUAUUUAUGACUCCACUGUGCCCAUUGGUGCCACCCCAGAGUAUCUGGCUGGACACUACAUGCUGCAGGGAGCCUCCAGUCUUCUCCCUGUGAUGGCGCUGGCUCCACAGGAGAAUGAGCGCAUCCUGGAUAUGUGCUGUGCCCCAGGAGGCAAGACCAGCUACAUAGCUCAGCUUAUGAAGAACACAGGGAUGAUCCUGGCUAAUGACAGCAGUGCCGAGCGGCUGCGUAGCGUGGUAGGGAAUUUGCACCGCCUGGGAGUCACCAAUGCUGUCGUGAGUAACUGCGAUGGACGGCAGUUCCCCAAGGUUCUCGGAGGGUUUGACCGUGUCUUGCUUGAUGCUCCUUGUAGCGGAACAGGUGUCAUUUCCAAGGAUCCUGCUGUCAAAACCAACAAGGAUGAGACAGAUAUCCUGCGUUGUGCCCACCUGCAGAAGGAGCUGAUUCUUAGUGCCAUAGAUUCAGUCAAUGCUGCCUCCGAGACAGGGGGCUACAUUGUCUACUGCACUUGCUCCAUCAUGGUGGAGGAGAACGAGUGGGUUGUGGAUUAUGCCCUGAAGAAACGCAACGUCCGCUUGGUGCCCACAGGCCUGGACUUUGGCAAGGAAGGCUUCACCAGGUUCAAGGAACGCCGCUUCCACCCGUCCCUCAAGUCUACGCGGCGUUUCUACCCCCACACGCACAAUAUGGACGGGUUCUUCAUCGCCAAGUUCAAGAAGUUCUCCAAUGCCAUCCCGCAGGCACAGAAAGAUCCAGAGCCCGCUGAGGAAGCGGCAGCUCCGUCCGCCAUCCCUGAUACCAUCACGGAGCCUCCGCCAAAAAAGAAGAAACUUGAGGGAUCAAAAGCUGACAAAGAGCAGAAGCUGCCCCAACCUGCUCUGAAGAAGAAACGUUCAUUGCAAGCACAGAGGAGACCCUUGAAGGCUGUCCGGCCUUCUCCCAAAAUGAUGCGGCCUAAAGUCCCUACCAGGAAGAAGAAACAUAGAGUGAAAGCGAAUGGACAGUGAGUGGAAGUGCUUUUCCACGUGUUGAUCCCUUCCUUGGAGAGCAAAGGCUGCUGUAGCUCUGUGUGUACCCCCACUUUGCAGCUCUGUGCAGAUCGUCUCUGCAGCUCUGAGCACCUGGGACAAUGGCAGCCCCCUUUGCUCCUUUCCCUUUGCAUCAAGGACUGAUGCACUGACCCAUUAAAAGUUUUAUACUCUUGCUCAA